CGCCUUUCUCUCUUGACCUCUCGACGCGUUAACCCUUGGUUCCCUUCCUCAAGAUCUCUCUCUCUACGACAUUCUCAAACUUUCUCGGGGGAAAAAUUCUCUGAUUCGUUUUUUUCUCUCCGAUCUUUCCUUCUUUUCUUUUUUUUUAAUUAAAUCCGAUUUCUUCGGGAGGAGGCGAAGAGACGGACACAGUUGUUUCUCCAAUGGCGCGCCGUCUUUUCGCCUGUUUCGGCCUCAAGAAAUCUUCUUCUAAUAAACCUAUCUCCGGAGGAGGCGGUAACAGUUCCGCCGUCGCCGCCGCAGAUGUUCCCUCCGGAGACGGACCUGUUCUCGUCCAGCUGUUCUCGUCUCAAGGAUGCAAGACCUCCCCGGCCGCAGAGAUGCUUAUGUCCCGGCUAGGUCGAGGCGAUUUCGACGCUCAGAUCCGUGGAGGAGAUGGUGGUGGAUCUGUUGGAUCUCCGGCGAUGGUUUUGGUGUUUCAUGUGGACUAUUGGGAUUUCAAGGGGUGGAAAGAUCCGUAUGGAUCAAGCCAAUGGACGGUGAGGCAGAAGGCGUAUGUAGAGGCGUUGAAACUUGACACCAUGUUUACUCCUCAGCUUGUUGUCCAAGGAAGAUCUCAAUUGACAGGGAUCGAGGAGGAGACGCUCCUUACUUCUAUCUCGGAAGCGCCUAGGUUUCCUUCUCCAGCUUUCAAGGCGACUUUCCAGAGACCAACCUCAGAGACACUACAAGUAUCACUCACCGGAGCUUUGAGAAUGAAAGUAGACGGAGACGGAAUCGACAUAAUGGUGGCGAUAUACGAGACCGGGCUUGUGACCGACUGCGCAAGAGGAGAGAACGAAGGAAGAAUGUUGUCGAAUGACUUCGUUGUGAGAAAGAUGGAGAAGAUGUGCACUGUGAAAGAUAUAACACCGAAGAAACCAGUGUCCGGUACUGCUCAUUUCACGCUAUGGGAUGGAUUCAACAGCAGCAAAUGUGGAGUCGCCGUCUUUCUUCAGAACUCGUCACUUCAUGUUUUUGGUACACAGAGUUUUAAGUUGCCUGAUGAGAUUUGAGUUCGUCCCUAAUAUAUAUCUCUAAAAAUCAAAGAAAAGAACAAAACGAUCUUUUGUGUCGUCCAUAUUUUGCUUGUGAAUCAUCCGGUUUCCACUCUGCUUUGUACAGUUAUAUGCGUGAGUACUACUUAGAGGUUUCUUCUAAUUUGUUUAUUUUAUUUCACCUUAUACUUUAUUAUUCUAACCUUUCUCUUCUCAUA